CUGACGUGGCCUUCAGAAAGUGGCUUUUGUGUGCAGCCAAGAGACCUGGUUUCAAAUGCCAGCCUGAGCAUCUUCAGGCUCAUUAAUAAUGGAGGCGUCUGACAGGGCCAGCUUUGCUUGCUUUGUUUCCCCUGUAGAUGAAAGGGGACAUGGAUCUUUCUGUUUUGCCCAAUAACAACCAUCCUGACAAAUUCCUGCAGCUUGACGUGAAGUCUUUAAUGAGGAGCUCAACCCUUCUGCAGGCUAGCCUCGCGAGAUUUCCGGGUGGAAAUUUCCCGGCUACACAACACUGGCAAAACCUUGUCUACUCCCAGAACCCUGGGGCUUCUUAGAGGAAAUCUGUGAGCUGGAGUGAAAAUUCAGUGAGAGAAAAGAACAUUGCUUCUCAACAAGCUAAAGGAUUUGGCGGGGAGAGCGCAGUUCUCCCCGACAGUCCUCCACCAUCCAUGUCUUCAGUAGUGAAGAAUAACCCGCUAUACGGUGAUGUAAGCUUGGAAGAAGCUAUGGAAGAGAGAAAAAAGAAUCCUUCGUGGACCAUUGAGGAAUAUGACAAACAUUCUGUGCACACAAAUCUCUCUGGACAUCUAAAGGAAAACCCCAAUGACCUGCGCUUUUGGUUAGGGGAUAUGUACACUCCAGGCUUUGACACUUUGCUGAAAAAGAAGAAGAAACGCAACAAGCGAUCAAAAUUAUGUCACAUGGGUCUGAUUUUACUCAUUGUGGCCUCCAUCUUGGUUACCAUCGUGACUCUCAGCACCUUAUUCACCUAAGGAAAUUGCAAAUCCUCUAAAGCUUUAAAACGCCUUCUAAAUAUUCACAGGAACAAUCUGUCUCUGUGCAUUGUGAAUGUGUGUGUCCACAUCACUAGCUGUGUGACUAAAUGCCAUUGUCCUUUGAAAUGUGAGCUCUGCUUGCAUUAUGCUGCCCUCCCUGCUUUGUUCUGUGAAACCCCUGUGUGAUACUGGUCUGGGUUUUUUUCCUUUGUGAAGCAGAUAUUCCAGAGCAUCACAAUAACAAACAUCACCACAUGCACCCACAACCAGUUUUAUGGUAGAGAGCAGAACAGAAUCAAGCACUGACAGCCUCUGUCUCAGUGCUCAUCAUUCACUCCCUCCUCC